AUGCUCCAGUUCUUAGUCAAGGGGAACGGCUGCCCUCAGGCUAAGCUAGUCAGGACUGCCCACUUCCACAGUGGGCCUGAGGCUGCAGGGCCUAACCCCCUUCUCUCUGUCAUCUUGCCACCCCCAGGGGGCCCCUCCCCCCUCACGUGGGAUCACAGGAGAUGGGACCACAAGAGAUGGGAUGACAGGACCUCCUACCAGAGACAGUUCCAGGCCCUGGUGGGCCCCCCUGCCUUGAUGUGUAAGAGGGACUCCUCCAGUGUGGCCCUGGGAGACUUCAAGAUUGGCUAUGGGCCCGUGUAUUCCGAGCAGAAACAAGCCUACAGGCCCAGGGAUCUGCCCCCAGACAGGUAUGACAAGGCCCAGGCCUCAGCCUGCAUCCACUAUUCGAGUGCUAGUCCUGGAGACGGCCUCUUCCAUGACGGGACCACCAGUGCCGAGCACUUCUAUGGCCGGCAGCCAGAGCCUUUUGUUCAUCACAGUGACCAGACUCCGGAGUCCCACAUCCUGGAAGGAAAUUGGUGCCCCGGUCCAGGCAGCCUCACCACCUCCAUGAACUUCUUCUAUGGCCAGCCGCCACCGGUGACCAACCCCAACAGCCGCCACACACCUCAUGAGCAAUUGCAGGAUCACGUGAUCCUAGGGGACUCGAAGCUGCUGGGGCAGUUCUUCCAGACCACCAUGGGCACGGACUAUCCCCCCGCCAGCACAGAGCGGCCAGAGAAAGCACCCAACCUGCACUUGCUGCCUAGCAACCUGCCGGAGGGCUUGGGCGAACCAGAUUUAUUGACCAUGAACCAGAAGAUGCUGAAACCACACAGAACAGCUCCGGCCUCCAUGACCCAGGAGAUGCUACAGCGGUGCAAGGAUAGCCACAUGGAGCCCCCGCUGGGCAGGCAGCGCUGCUUCUCAACCCAAUACAAGGACCAGUUUACCUUCAAGUACCAGGGUCCGACAGUGCUGAGAUUUGGCAACUUCCAGGAAAGCCACUUGCCACUGGGCUCCUCUGACCAGGGCUGCUGGGGUGGGAGGGUAGACCCUCAGGCCCCCCAGGUCCCUACCUACCCGUGCCCUAGCCAGCAAUAA